CCAAUAAUAACGCACCCAUGCGGGGGAGGCCUAAAAAUCACAUUAACAAAAAUGUCAACAAAAUCGUGAAGGUCUAGAUAAAACUAUCAUAAAAUUAUAAAUUUUCAGUGUUCAUAAAUAUGAAACUCGCAGCUUUAAUACAAACAGAGGAAGAUGAACCACCGCCCAAAGAAGAGGAGAAGUAUGUACCUCCGUACGGAACAAUCGAAUGGAUACAGUACUGGAGUGAAACCGAGGGUCAUCUGCCAUCUCCCAUAAAUGUGUCCAUCACCAACUCCAUCAUGUACUCGUGCCCCGAUCUCAAAUGGUACAACUUUGACGUCUACCCUCACAAAAUCAAGAUGACCAAUACCGGUUACACUGUAGUGAUCGGAGCGAAGUGGAAAACGGAACGCCCAUAUUUGGAGGGCGGCAUAUUUUUGGAGAAGCAUGUCCUCUCGCAGAUCCACUUCCACUGGGGUGAGGACAUGACUGAAGGCAGCGAACACACCGUUGACAAACGGCGACACCCUGGGGAAAUGCAGGUGACAUUCUUCAGAUCGGAGUACAUGACCCAAGAAGAAGCUUUGAAGCACUCCGAUGGAGUUGUUGUAAUUUGUUACCUCAUCAAAUAUGGAGUUGUCCCAGACGAACAUUUAAGUUGGGUCAUAGAAGGUUUUCCGAGAAUCCGGGAAGCGAAGACAAACACUCGAAUCGGACCUUAUCCGAUGUCCCGUCUGAUGCCGAUGUUCUAUGAGGACUACUUUGUUUACUGGGGCGCUCUGAGGACUGUGAGAGGUGACAGCUUCGCGGUCAGGUGGCUCCUCCCAAGGAUAACGCUGAGUGCUUCUUUCGAACAGAUGAAAGAGUUUCGUAAGCUCUGGGAUCCGUGGGAUGAGCCGAAUUUACGAAACUACAGGCCCUUGCAAGACAAGCAAAAUAGGCAUGUCUUCUUCAUUCGUCCGCAUUGGAGCCAGUACAACACGUUACUGCCGAUACCCAGGUUGCCGCAGCCUUCAUUGUCUGUGCUAUCGCCUGCGUACCAGGCCAACUUGUGGAUGCUGCCACCACAAAAUGCUUAUAUGAUGGCUUCAGAACCUGGGCCCCAGGUGGAAGAGGCAGUUCAAACGAAGGACGAUGAUUAAAAAUGAUUAAAAUGAUCUUGUCAAAAAUUUCUUGUAACGUUUUGACAGUUGAAUGUAUAAUUGAACCUGAAAGUCUUCAUAAUAACUAAGCUUGCAGUGCAAUAAUAGAUUUUCCAUCUAAAUAUUUUAGAAAAUUUUACGUUUCGAGAUUUAAGGUCGAUUCAAAAACGCUUUUCUAUUAAAUGUGUAACAGUAUUAUUAUCAUUGUAUUUUUUACUCAAAUAAUCUUCUUCUAUAUAAAUAAAAAUUAAUCGCUGAAAUUUAUGUAUGCACACAACUUUUGACGAACUGCAUCAAAUUGCGAAAUAAUAAUGUUCAGUACGCAGCCGGUAAACAUUUAUUUCAGACUUUAUAUCCACAUACAAGUGUUAGUAACAGACGAAAUCUUAUUCUAGUGUUAGUAAAUGAAAAUUACAAUCGAACACUUUAUUCAAAUCAACCUAACAGUUUGGCAAAACAGUAUAAUAAUUUCUAAAAUUCUCAAUAAUAGGACCGUGCGAAGCCAGGUGGGUCACUAGUCAUUCAUAAAACCUAUUACUCACAAAAUCUUUGGUAGUGGCAAUGAUAAUAUUCAAUGAUAAGUUUGGUCCCGCCAUUUGGGCGAUUUAGGUACUAUUCAGGAAAUGAACAAAAGCUAUCCAGGAAAUGAAUAAAAUCUUCGUCGUUUGGUCAAAAUAGGAAAAGAAGAUUUUGUAUCUAUCGAAAAUAAAUUAUUCCAAGCAGUCGGAUAUCAGGAGACAGAUAUAAGAGAUGAUUUCAUAUUCAAUAAAACUAGUUUUUUACGGGUUAAUGCACGAAACUUUAUUUAAUGAGUGAUGUGCGUGAAAACCUAAGAAACAGAUUUCAUAUUCAUUUUAAAAAAAAGAACUUAUUUAAUUUAUUGGCAUCGACCUAUUUCUCUUCUCUACCCAUCAUAAAUAUCUCUCCAUUUACUAAUUAACAAAGUGAUAAUACAUUUUUAAUACUGUAGUAGUGAUUUGGAACGAGCAUUCAUAAUGCCGAGGAAAUCGAUGGCGUAGGUGGUUAGCGCACAGGUUUCGCACAGUCACGGUAAUAAUAUCAUACAGUAUUCUAUCUUCAUACAAACGGUCGGAAAGCGAGUCAUACCUACGCCACUCGAGUUCGAUGUGCUCUCGGCGGGCACCCAGUCGCGAAUGCGCCGCCGCGCCGCAACGACGACCGAACGGUCUGAAUUGUUUUUAUGCAGUUAGCCGUGCUUCAACGUGCGUUUUGUAUUGUAGAUAUUUGAUUGAAUUAAGUAGAUACCUACAUAAUUUAGUAUGGAAAAGAACAAACGACGAUCAAUAUCGUACAGCAGCACAAUUGCUGUUUUUGAUUGCUUGAACUCUUCAAUAAUACACCCAGAGAUAUCAUUUUUUAAAUUAUCUGAAAUAUUGGAAAGGUGUCUUACCUUUACAGAAUAUUUUUUAUAUGUACCUACCUACUAGUACGUAAUUUGUUUCUAAUAUUUAGUAGGUAUUUCGAUUUUUCCAUCGGGAAAAAUAUCUGGAAUAAUAUAAAUAAGUGGUUAGGAUGAAAAAAGAGACAAACGAGUAAUCUACCUAUACUCGCGUUAAAAACAAAACUACAUAAAAUACUGUAGGCGGGCGGACCUACCGCGUGCUAACGCACCGCUCGGCCGUAGGCAUUUAUUUCAAGGACAGGGCGGAGUCACAAUACUGUAUAGAUAAUAUUACCGUGCCACAGUGGAAAUGUGACCAAAAACUUAUUAUCCCGUGCUCCUUCGCGCUUCGGACUGCAUGUUAAGCCGUUGGACCCGGCUGCAUCUGCAUUCGUUAGCACCCACUUAUCUACACUGCGCCCUGGGUGGAUCACGGCCUAGUCUUACUAUUCCAUCCAUAGAAAAGCCCAGUGCCCCAGCAGAGCAGACAUUAAUAGGCUGAUGAUAAUGAUUCUUAAUGCUUGUGCCAAAUUACUACAGCAGCUAAGACCAUCAGAAGUUAUUCUGUAGCAACAUCAGACAAUGGACUGCUCGAGUAUGUUGGUGAAAGAUACAUCUUGUUUACAGGUGAUGUAUCAGGCAAUAUGCUUAUUUGAUUAUUUUCUAUACAGAUAUUUCUAUAUGUAGACGUAGAAGACGAAGCCGGACUAAAGUCUAAGGACAAAGCCUCUUCUUCAGCACGAGUAACCGCCUCAAACAUUUCUCUUUGCACUCGCAGUUGUAAGUAUGUUGGAAGCUCUCUAGUCUUCUGGUAUAAACUAGUAAACAAGUUAGAAAGUGCAUCUCGCUGACAACGUUCAGUGUCAAUAAUAUUUCUUCUCCAUUGAUCCCUUUCGGAUUGCUUUUGCUCUCGUCUUCUUUCUCUUUGUGAAAUUGUAAUUGAAUCUUCCGUAUCGAGCUUGUUUUGAUUUCUUCUAUCAGAUUCUGUAGAGCGAGGAAUUAGAAGUGUGCCGGGGGUUUCGGUAGGUGAAGCCGGCGAUCUCAUGUCAUUGUUAUUUGUGCUUGUUUCUGAAGCACUGAGUGAUGUUGGAGUUCCGAUUUGGGAAUCAUUUGAGACAUUCAAAUAGCUAGCUCUACUUUCUACUUGUGGUAGUAAGAAUUCCAUUUCGGUUUCGUAUCGCCAGGGUUUGAAGUUUUGCGCGGCCUGAAUCGUGCAAGUUUUGCGACGCCGCAUGGCUUCUCUGUGGCUAUCGCGCAAUUUCUUCCACACUGCCUUUGCUUCCCUGCCUGUAAAUAGUACAUCCAUUAAGUUAUAAUAGUGUUUCAAGAUUAAAUCUGUUUAAUCUAAUAUAUAAAAUUCUCGUGUCGCGGUGUUUGUGGUUAAACUCCUCCGAAACGGCUUUCCCGAUUCUCAUGAAAUUUUAUGUGCAUAUUGGGUAGGUCUGAGAAUCGGACAACAUCUAUUUUUCAUUCCCCUGAAUGUUAAGGGAAAUCCACCCCUAAUUUUUUUUUAAUUUUUUUAUGAUACAUCAUACAAAAAUACAUACAUCCC